GAGGGUAUGCUUUUAUUUUGACUAGGCUGUACGCUAAAUGGGACACGGCCAGCAGACUGAAGAAGAAAGAGUGUGAAGGAGCGCACAUGUCACUGCGCUUGUCCGCAUAGACGCGCUGAAGCAGCACGAGAGCAGAGCAGCCUCAACAGCGACGUAAGUGAAAUUCUUUUCUUUUCUUUUUUUUUUACUGGAAGAUGCAUUGUUUUGGAGAUAACCGAGCUCUGGCACAAGAUCUGGAGUGAAUGAAGGCUUGCUGAUGCCCUCACGGAGAAGACACCUGAUCUCUGAAACAGUAGAGGUUUGAUUACACUGAGGAAUUGAAUUACCUUUACCUGUUCAGUGCUGCAGCUCAAACUAUGUCAAAUCUGAUCUGCCAAGUCAAAAGGCCACUGUCGGCCCCACAGGGGCUCUGCCUGAAAAAACACCUCUUUCAUCAUCUGCCAGGAGAUAAAAUGAUUGUGGAGCACGGUUGUGGAGCAAAGCCUGGAGAGAUCUUAACAGUGUGGAUAUGAUGUAGUGGUCCAACAUGACUUGAAUGAACGCUCCCAGAAUCAGGGAUGGAUGCCAUGAACUUUACAACCGUCAUCGACAGCAACUUUUCGGACGAGGCUUCCUCCAGUCGCGUCCUGACCGGUUGUUUCCUCUCACUGCUCAUCCUCACAACCUUGCUGGGGAACACGCUGGUGUGUGCGGCCGUCACCAAGUUCCGCCACCUGCGCACUAAAGUGACCAACUUUUUUGUUAUCUCACUGGCCGUGUCAGACCUCUUGGUGGCCAUCUUGGUCAUGCCGUGGAAGGCGGUGACCGAGAUUGCCGGUUUCUGGCCCUUUGGCUCCUUCUGCGACACCUGGGUGGCCUUUGACAUCAUGUGCUCCACAGCUUCUAUUCUCAAUCUUUGCGUAAUCAGCCUGGACCGCUACUGGGCCAUAUCCAGCCCCUUUCGCUACGAGCGCAAGAUGACGCCCAAAGUGGCAUACGUGAUGAUCAGCGUGGCGUGGAUGCUGUCUGUCCUCAUUUCCUUCAUUCCGGUGCAGCUCAAGUGGCACAAGGCUCAAACAACAUCUUUCACCUCCCUCCCUUCUCGCUCCUCAGCCUCUUUGAGAUCAAAUGUCACAUCAGAGAACUGCGACUCCAGCCUGAACAGGACCUACGCCAUCUCCACCUCUCUCAUUAGCUUUUACAUCCCCGUGGCUAUCAUGUUGGUCACCUACACCCAAAUCUAUCGCAUUGCCCAAAGGCAAAUCAGAAGGAUCUCUGCUUUGGAGCGAGCGGCCGAGAGCGCUAAGAACAGACACAACAGCAUGGGCGGAGGCUCCAGCAUUGCUGAAUCGGAGAACUCCUUCAAAAUGACCUUCAAGAGGGAGACCAAGGUGCUGAAGACCCUAUCGGUGAUCAUGGGCGUGUUUGUGUGCUGCUGGCUGCCAUUCUUUGUGCUCAACUGCAUGGUGCCCUUCUGCGAACAGUCCAGUGGAAGUGAGGCUUUCCCAUGCAUCAGCCCCACCACUUUUGACGUGUUUGUGUGGUUUGGUUGGGCUAAUUCCUCCCUCAACCCCAUCAUCUAUGCCUUCAAUGCAGAUUUUCGCAAGGCCUUUUCCAUCCUGCUGGGCUGCCACAAACAAUAUCCAGGAGGCCACAACAUCGAGACAGUCAGUCUAAACAAAAAAUGACUCAUAACUCCCUCACAGCACUGACUCAUCCACAGAGGGGUCCAAGCAUCCCCCCGCUAAAGCCAGUCUGAUUGCCUUCAAACAGGAAUGCUGCUCUGUGUGUGUUAGAGUGACUGAAGGAUGCGCUGGCCCCACAUGUACCCUGCUUGCACUGGGCAAGUGCCCCACUCUAGGCAGACUGUCACAUUGAGCACACUGACUUCAUGUCUUUGGAUGCGAGAGAGAGCUCUCGAUGAGAGGGAGGAGGGGAUUUGGGGAUUGAGAUUAAGACUGUUGUGCCAGGCAGUGCAACAGUGCUGAAAUGCACUGGAAAAGAUAAUCCCACGACUGGGCAGCAUGCACACCCUAAUACUGCCAGACGCUGCUCUCUUCAGUACCAUCACACACAUGCCAGCCAGAUAUGAUAGAUUAAGAAACUAUGUCAACAACCUGCUUUUGCAGUGGAAACUAUGUCCACCAAAUAUGUCCACACAUCAAUUACAAUUUAACCAAAUGAUUUAAUAAUAAUGUUGAUUUUAUUAGAAGGUUUUUGCAACCUGUGAGCUGAAAUUUGUAUGGCACAUGUAAAGGCAUCUUUGACUGGAUUCACACUACAUGGUUUUUGUGACACAGUUCCACAAUUUGACCUUUAUUUUUUUUACUAAGAUAUGACAUGUCAGUGUCAGACAUAAAGGGACAGAUCAGAUCUACACUUACACGCGGGGUAAUACACCCCUUUACACAAAGAAAUAGUAAAGCCAGAACUACAGCAAGAACAUAAACUAUUAAAUAUGGUGCAAAUGUCUGCAUAAAUUGUAGGUCAUCCAGGUCAUAGGAAUCCACAAAGGUUUCAAUCUAUGACAAUUGAGGCAACUGGACUCUUCUUGUGUGUUGAAUACUUUUCAACUUUAAUUCAAAAGUCUUUUCCAGUUCAAAAUGUUUCAGUGUGAAGCCUUUCUAUUUAUGUCUCUGGUGGGUGUAUCCACUAGGGGGUGGUCCCAAUCGGGUUGUUGCUGUGGUUGUUGACCGGCAUGGCUGGUUUGUCUGCUCGGCGGCAAAAGAGCUUGUUAUUCGCCACUCCUCCCGAGGAAAGAGACAAUCUUUCAGUACAUUGUUGUAAGCAGACAAGAGGUUAUGGCAUAAACCUGUUCCUCUGUUUAGAGAGGGCCUUUCUAGUUUGACAUUUAUGGCUUCUUUCAUACCUCGUUCAAACCAGCGGUAUUCACUAUCCAGAAUUUGGACAUCAUUGUCCUCAAAGGAAUGUCCUUUCUUUUUGAGAUGCAAAUGAACUGCUGAUGCUGGGCCCAAAAAAAUGCUCUCCUAUGUUGUGCCAUGCAUUUAUUUUAGGGUUGCUUGGUCUCUCCAAUGUAAAGGUCAUUGCACUCCUCACUACAUUGCACUGCAUAAUCAUUCUGAGUUUUUCUGACAAACCAGUCAUGUAAGGGACCACGACAUCCCGCCUCCUGUUUCUAUCCUCAAGUCAAGUCGAACUUUAUUUCUUUAGCACAUUUAAAACAACCUAAGCUGACCAAUGUGCUGCGCAAGCCAUAUAAAACAAUAACAAGCAAACAAAAUGUGCAGGCUUGGGUCAAGUGGCUCUUCUUCUCCUGGCAGAUUGGACACAAAAUUGUCCAUUUACGUCAAACCGGAAAGGCUCUCGCACAACAGAGGAGCAAGUUUGCGCCAUUAUCUAUCGUCAACAAUGUCCUGACAUCUCUCCCCCAAUGAUUGUCUCAUUCCACGGAAAGAGUGGCUACUAAUGAGCUGUUUUGCCACCAAGCAGGUGAAUGACAUAUUGUUACUGAUGAUCAUUCACAACAACAACAACCAUAUGUGACCACCCCAGAGGGCACACCCACCAGUAUCAUAAAUAGGGAGACUCCAAACAUUGUGAACUUAAGAAGCCUUUUGUGUUAAAGGUGAAACGUCUUCAACAAACUCUUCAACAAAGAGUCCAGUCCCUUCAAUUCAACCUUGCGGAUAGUCUAAAUGUGCAGUUACUUGUAUUUAAUCACCCUAACUCCAGGUCAGUCCUGGCCAACAAAACUGCAUGUAAUGUUUAAUAUUGGUUUAAUUUAUGUAUUAUUGUUUAGUUUUGUAUUGCCACUGCAACAUUUGUUGUGUUUACAUGAUCUAUGGGCAUGUGCACAUGGUUUGAUGUGGGUCACUAAAUUGAAAUUGGACACUCUGGGCAGGUUGUGUGUUAUUUAAAAAAAAAAAAAACUCUCUCAAUUCAAAUUUGAAUUAUUUUAACUUUAAUCUCAUCAUUUCUGCUGCUCUGUUUGAAGUGUUUUUAUGGACAAGUGUCUUAUGUUGCUGUGUGUUUUAGGAAACAAGCACAAGACUAAAAGACAACCUUUGCUUGACCUACAGUGUCUUUUUUUGUUUUGUGUGUGUUUGUUUGGGGUUCAAUACAGACGUAUAUUUGAAGGAUUAUUGUUCAUAUUGUAAGAUCAUUCAAACCUGCAAUAAAAGCCUGUUGUUCCGGCAAUCAAGUCUGGCGCUUGGACUUGUCAUCGGACAUUACAGUAACAUCACUGACACUCAGCGACCAGUGUAGAAUACUACAUACGUAUCAAUCACAGUGUCUUGUCAAUUUAGUUCAUUUAGACAUUUUUAUACAUGAAAUGGUGUGUGGGUGUUCUCUUGGUACUCCGGUUUCCUCCCACAUUCCAAAAACAUGCAUGUUAGGUUGAUUGGCGACUUAAAAUUGUCCAUAGUAUUGUGAGCGUAAAUGGUUGUUUGUCUAUAUGUGCCCUGCGAUUGGCGGGCAACCAGUCCAGGGUGUACCCCGCCUCUCGCCCGAAGUCAGCUGGGAUAGGCUCAAGCAUACCCGUGACCCUAGUGAGGAUAAGCGGCAUAGAGGAUGGAUG